AUGGUCUCGUUUGAGGAAAGCGCCGACGAGACGGUAACACCGCCGUCAGUUGCCGCGAAAUCCUGCGGCGACAACGACUCCAUUCUGCAAUUCGGCAGACACCGCCUACACCCGACGCUCGUAGAAGCGCUGACCGGCUCAUACGGCACAUUCACAGACAUACAGACAAAGGCCAUACCGCAAGCACUCGCAGGAAAGGAUAUACUCGUCAAGGCGCAAACUGGACGCAUCCGUGCUGCGCUGCAUUUGAUGCUAACCUCAAAUGAGCGUAUCAGCUCAGCCUUAUUUCGUAAUACGUGUUGUCGCUGA